UCACCAGUGUUGAUCGACCAAGCCUUGAUAUUCAAGAAAUCAGUAAAUCGAUAGGUUUAUUUGGAAUAUACGCUCCAAGCCAAAGCGCGUUACGCGUAAAAUGCGCACGUAAUCGCUGGCUGAUUAUUGUCACGUUUUGUUUAUCUUUGUUUACGUUUCAUCAGAGAGGAUUGUAAAAUGUCAAAAGAGCCGGAUAAAACUCCUUCUGGGACUGAAAGCUCUUAUAUCGGCGAUGUAGACUCUGAUUCGCCGUCUUCUCCAUCAAUGUCCGACGAACAAGGCUCGCAGUCCCAAACCGGCGCCGGUAACCCGGCGGACAGCGAGGAAGAUGCCCGUUUCCCGCCGUGCAUUCGAGACGCGGUGUCGCAGGUCCUCAAAGGCUAUGACUGGUCGCUGGUGCCGAUGCCUAUGCAGGGCAGCAGGUCUUUGAAAGACAAGCCUCAUGUGAAGAGACCCAUGAACGCGUUUAUGGUGUGGGCGCAGGCGGCGCGGAGGAAGCUCGCGGAUCAGUAUCCACAUCUCCACAACGCCGAGCUCAGCAAGACCCUCGGCAAGUUAUGGAGGCUGCUCUCUGAGAGCGAGAAACGACCGUUUGUGGAGGAGGCAGAGAGACUGCGGCUCCAGCACAAGAAAGACUAUCCGGAUUAUAAAUACCAGCCGCGGAGACGGAAGAGCCUGAAGCCGGGUCAGAGUGAACUGGACACGGGAGCUGAGAAGAACCCUCACGCCUCGGAUCAAAUGUACAAAGUGGAAGCGGGUUUGAGAGGGAUGCACCAUCAACAGGUCCAUGGUGCUCAACCUCACGGUCCUCCUACACCUCCAACCACCCCGAAGGCCGAUCAGCAUCAAAGCGCCAAACUGGAGUCCCGGCGUGCGCCGGAAAACGCAAGACACAACAUCGACUUCAGCAACGUGGACAUCUCGGAGCUCAGCAGCGACGUCAUCGGCAGCAUGGGCCCGUUUGACGUGCGUGAGUUCGACCAGUACCUGCCGUUAAACGGCCACAUGGAGAACAAUGGCGGGCCGCACUCCAGUCCCGGCUGUUUCAGCGUGGCCUACCACCAUCAUCCUCACGGCAGCGCUUCGGCAUGGAACAAGGGGUCCGGGUCACCGUCUGCAUCCUCGCACAACGGCGCAAACCAACAAAGACCGCUCAUUAAAACAGAACAAUUGAGUCCUUCUCAUUACGGAGAGUCUCACGGGUCACCGACCCAAUCUGAACUGACUGACUGUCCAGACAUGCAGAACUCGACGUACUUCACCACAUUUUCCGGGUAUCCCGCUGGCAUUUAUCAAUAUCCGUACUUCCAUUCCUCCAGAAGAUCAUACGUGACUCCUGUUCUCAACAGCUUGUCAAGUCCGUCUCAUAGUCCCGGUGCGAGCUGGGAGCAGCCGGUUUACACGACUUUAACACGACCCUGAUGCCAAGUUUUGGGUCAGAGAUGUCUGAUGCUGAGAAUUAUGGGACUAUGUUUUUGCUGAUACUUUCUGAAGUAAAUCUUUCUAAAAUCUUGCCAUUUCAUAGACUUUGCUUGUAAUUGUGAAUUUUCCUAACAGAUUUUGGAUUCACCUUUCAAUAUCGAAUGUUUUGUGUUUGUAUUAUGGCCUGGAUAAAAGUGUUUGUUUUUUGGAGUGAGACGCGAUAGACUGUCAAUAUUCAAUAUGCUAUUUAAACGCAAUCAUGGAUUUGUCUUGAUAAUAUGCAAUUAAAAUGUAGAACGAAUG